UUUAUUUCUUGUACACUUUUGCUAUAGACAGGGGAUCUUGAUCUUUGGAACCAUGAAACGGAGACUUUCAAUUACUUCGCAAGAUACAUGUCCCAUUUGUAUCGCAAAACCUAUAGAUGAAAAUGAGAGUGGUGGUAGCGUCACUUGGAUCCAAUGCUCGAAAUGUGCACAAUGGUACCAUACAAUUUGUUUAAAGAUUCUGAAUGUAGAAGCUGCUCAGUACAACUUCUACCAUUGCAAGGAGUGUAGCAUAGUGCACGGGCCACUGGUACGAAGACGGAAGCUGGCCAGAUCCACGGCGUCAAUUGAUUAUGUUGCCUUAAACGAGGGGAAUACUUUUGCAGUUGAUAAGACUGUACACCCACACAUAAAUUCAUUUCAUGAAUUUGCAUCCACUGGAGAUAUUGACCAACAUAUUGAAAUAAAAACAAAUUUGGAUCAACGUCAUUUAUUACAGAGAAGAAUUGGGUGUGAUAUAGAAGAUAUCAAACCUAUUUUAAUUCCAGCAGGUCUGAGAGAUGAUAACGAAACUUUGGGGAUGAAACUCCCAACACUGGCAGAUAAAAUUACUGUAUCUUAUGUAGCACAAGAGGUUGGAGAAGAAACACCAGUGGAAGUUAUGGAUGUGCUUACACAACAGGGGGUGAAACCUGGAUGGAAUAUGGGUCAAUGGAGAGAUUAUUUCAAUAACCCUCAGAACAGAGAUAGAAUUCGAAAUGUGAUCUCACUUGAAAUAUCUGAUCUGGAGACCUUAGGUGGUGGGUUUAAAAGACCUUUGAUGGUGGAAAAUUUAGAUUUAGUCGAUAAAGUAUGGACAUCCUUGAAGAAUGAACCUAGACCAAAAGUUACUAAAUAUUGUCUUAUGAGUGUUAAGGGUUCAUUUACCGACUUCCAUAUAGAUUUUGGAGGAACUUCAGUAUAUUAUACCAUUUGUUCAGGUAAGAAAAGCUUUCUUAUGUUUCCACCCACUGAUCAUAACUUGAAAUUAUACCAAAAUUGGUGUUUAGAAACUGAUCAGAACUUUAUGUGGUUCCCCAGUAUUAAUGGGGAUACUCGGAUUGGACAACCUACAGGUGGUUUUAAAGUUGAUUUGAAUGUUGGAGAUGUGUUUAUAAUACCCAGUGGUUGGAUCCAUGCGGUUUAUACACCAGAGGACUCUGUGGUGAUAGGGGGUAAUUAUCUCACCUUGAUGGAUCUUGACAUGCAACUCAAAAUUAAUGAUAUCGAAAAGGCUACAAAAGUCCCAUCAAAGUUCCGGUUCCCUGCUUUCAAUAAGGUACUUUGGUUAACCAGUUGGUACUAUUACAAGCAUCCGCAAGAUUUAAUUGAUGAUUUACCCAAGGAGGACGUUACAAAGUUUAAAGUUGAAGAAAAUGAUCAUGAGACCAUUAAUGUAAAGCAAGAAGAUGAAGAGAUUGGUGAGUCUAGGGCUAAAAAGAUUUUCCACAAAUUAAUAAGUCAUCUACGUUCACAUUUAGAGCUUAGUAAAAGUUUCAAACCAGCGAGAGCAUCCAUCCCAAUGAAUAUUAUUGGGAAAGAUCCGCUAAAAUAUUUAGAUGAAAUUUCUAAAUGGAGUGAGGAGACAUUGUAAAGGGUUUAGAGGGAGAUAUAGGUUAUAAGGAUAUAAUUUCAAUACAAGUAAUAGAG